AUGCCUAAUAAAAGCGAUUUAGAUCAGCUAGUAAAUCGUAUUUGCAAAUCUAGUCGAGAGACUGAAUGUUCGAAAGUUUUGAAAGAGAUAGAGUCUAACAAUGAGUAUAUUACUAACGUGCAACUGAAAAAGCUGCUAAAACUACAUGACAUCUCUUUCAAGGAUAAGUGUGUUCUUCCAGCACAAUCAUUGUAUGACAAGUGCAAUGAAUGCGUGAUACAGGACGGAGAUCUUCAAAAUUGGGCUGAGCUCAUUGAUAGAGACGUGAGGGUCCUUGAGGAGUCUAUACAACUAAUAAAGGAAAAUAAAAGAUGA